GUUGUGAGCGGACUUCCGAUCCGUAAUAAUGACAAACACGCGGGAGAAGUGGCGUCAAUGGCAUUGCAUUUGUUGAGUGCAAUACAAAACUUUGAGAUCAAACACCGGAGCGGCGAAAGACUCAAACUUAGGAUUGGUAUCCAUUCGGGUCCGUGUGUUGCCGGAGUUGUUGGCCUCAAAAUGCCUCGAUAUUGUCUCUUUGGUGACACUGUCAACACAGCAUCAAGAAUGGAAUCGACAGGAAUUCCAUUGAGAAUACAUGUGAGUGAAGCCUGUAAGACAAUUCUGGACAAACUCGGAGGUUAUAUCAUUCAAGAACGAGGGGUUAUUUCCAUUAAGGGUAAGGGAGAAAUGAAGUCGUUUUGGUUAACUGGCAAACAAGAGAUCAAUUCUCCAAUUUCUUAUAAUAAUGGUAGUUAA